GCCUCCAAUACUUGGAGUCGUUCCACAACACCCAGUGUCAAGAAACGACACAUCAUCCUCUUAUCAGCCUGCAGACCUUGUUGCAGACUCUCGAUCUACUACGGGGCAUAUACCAUUAGACUGCUAACGCUACCUGAGCGAUGUUCGAACCAGUUCGAGGAGGCACCAGAGGAGGACAAGCCGAGUUCAAGUGGUCUGACGUCUCACAGGACAAGGAUCGAGAGAACUAUCUGGGACAUAGUAUAAACGCGCCGGCUGGUCGAUGGCAGAAGAACAAAGACAUUCAUUGGUACUCGAGAGAUAUCACGAAAGACGAACAGGCGAGGUUGGAUGAGAUAAAGAGAAUCAAAGAGGCUGAAGCGGAAGCAUUGGCGGCAGCACUUGGGUUUGCUACGGGAAACAAACCAGGCGGGCCUUCAAAUGCCGUUGCGGGCCCUGUCUCAGGUGCCAAUGCCAUAGCGGUUGCACCAAACGAGGCUUUCGAGGCACAACAAAAGGCUCUAGAAAAGGAAGAGAAGAGACGUCGCAAAGCAGAACGUAAAGAAGAAAAGCGGCUGAAGAAAGAAAAGAGACGAGCGGAACGAAAACAUCGUCACAGUGACGACCGCUCCGUUUCUCGUUCACGUUCACGUUCCCCUUCGCGCUCGGCUUCUCCGCCAGCACGAAGACCACGGAACCGAGACCGAGACGAAGAUGAUGAAUCUCCACGACUGAGGAGGAUGAGUACGAGCAGGCACCGGCACCGUAGUAGAUCGAGGUCCCCACGUCGAGAUCGAGACUAUCGCCGUGACCGAGAAUAUCGGGGUUAUGACUACGGUGCUGAAGAGCGCGAAAAGGAGCGCGAACGGGAUCGUAGACGUUGGGAUGACAACGCACGUCGUGAACGACCAGGCGCGCGCUGGAGGCGGGAUUAGUCCAAUGCUUUUAGGUUUCGGUGGACUUUUGCUUCCGUUCAGACGCGUUGGUGAGAGUUCAUGUCUCGGGCCCGGGGGGCUCACUGUUCACUGGUUCUUACUCAGAAGGAGGUGCUAGUGCAAGUGGGGUGGGUGCGGAUGUAUGUUACAUAUAUUUGGUACGUCUGCGCUCCGCUGGUGAAUGCAUUUCAUCUUGGUCUGACUCUUGUCUUUUUGUCCCACCUUCCGCUUUGGAAGUAUUUGUCUUGUUGUCUAAUGUACCUCGCUAAGUGGAGCUCAUUAUUAUAACUUUACGUCUGGACUGUCUGCUCCAUUUCACCUCAAUAUCCCUCUUUACGUCUCAACGUCUUAUUAUGCCGCUCCGUCUGCGUUAGACUCUUACCCUCAUUUGAAUUAUAGGUCACCUUCAUGUCCAGUGUAUGAUUCAUCCUCCGUGAUGAUCUCGUCGGUCUCUCUUUCGUGUCUCAGAAUGGCAACUAACCAAGUAUAAUACUAUGUAAUAUUUGCCACUCUCCGUUGGUCUUCAAAAUUGGAAUCAUAUCGAC